AUGGAUACUGAAGACGGACCGCGCAAACACGGCAAGCGGCUCACGACCAAGGAAGAAGUCUCGCUAUUCGAGCUAUGUAAUCGACACGCGGGCACGUUCGGUAAACGCAGCGAUAUAUGUAACUGGUGGAAGACGAUUGCGGCCGAGUUCACGUUUGCGCAUGGUCGGCCUUAUUCGUGGCACUCUGUACGGAGGAAGGUUGAAAUUGUCACGAAGCAGAGGAUUAAGUUCCUCGAUGAGCAGCAGCAGAGACAGCGGGACUUUUCGGGUCCGAAUUUGGUGGAGGAUUUGAUGAAUCCGCAAUGGUGUGCUGUUCUUGAUGCUUGGAUUCCGAAUUGGCAGCGGUGGGAGGAAGCUGAGGCGAGGCGUAUUGCGAAGCGUGAUGAUAUGAUUAUGCGCAGGAGGUCUUCUAAGCCUGGGGAUGCUCAGUGGAGAUCUCCUGAUGAGCAUGGUAUACCAGUGGGAAGAGUUGGUGUUGCUUCACCGGCUACUCCCGAUGGAAUGGAUGUGGGUACGGGCCAUUCUUUCCAUGAUGAUAGUACUACUGUUGCCCAUGUCCCCGGUGAUGUGCUUCAGAUCUCCGAUUCCACUCCCACGCCUGCUCCUGUCGUUCCAGCCCAUACCUUCGAGACCCCUUCAGCGCCGGUCACAAAUGCCGUUAGGCUACCGCCUGGGUUUGAGAAUAUGUUCUCGAACCCCAUUCCCAUAAGCCAAGUUACACCUCCUGUGCCUGUCGCACCCAGCACUACACCGGCAGAUCCAUCUCCGAACAAUCGCAUGUUCGGCGCCGUGCUUGAAACACUUGGCAAGCUUAACAAGCAUCUCGACGCCGCUUCUGGGAAUGGCGGCGCCGACGUCCGAUCCUCGCCUGUAAUAUCGGCUCUAGUUCAGGCCGCAUCCGAGUCGAAUUCACAGGCCGCCUCCAUCCAGAGUUCUGAGCGUGAGAUACAGCAGUAUCCCGGGCCGUAUGAUAUCAGUCGGAUUAAAGAUGAGCUGCGACAGGAGCUACGAGCUGAGCUUCGACAUGAGAUGAAGCGUGACCGCGCGGCAAUGGAAGAAAAACUAGACUCUGUCCAACGGACGCAAGAGAUGAUUCUUGAGAUGUUGCGGCAGGAACCUGCUUGA